CGUCUGUAAACACAUCCACCUGCUUGCAUGCCAGCUAUACGUGAACGCUUCCUCAUCUUUUUCCCCUGCCGCAAGACGUGAUCGACAUCUGCGGGCACCAAUCGAGCAGGCUAGCUCGAGCCGCGUUACUCGAGCCUCACCGCGGUAAUCACGAACGGGGGCAGCAGCAGCAGCGGCAUCUCCUGCACGCUGCAAGAGAUGCGCGGCGCACCGCUUGUGGGUCCUCGCAAAGUCGGUCUGGGACUGAUGAUUCCAGAUCAUCAUUGCUUCGCUGAUCGACGAAAGCCAAUCGACGUAUCGCAGUGGUGAGUCUGCUGUAUGUAGCGUAGCGCUUGCUAUGCCGAAUGCAAAGGAUCGAGCAGCUCCUGACCCGCGAUAGAGAGAAUAUGUUAGACGAAGGCUGUGUCCGUUCGCAUCUCGAUUCACGAUGCAUGAGCCAGCCUGACCGCACAGCAUCGUGUAUGGCUGUGUCCAGCAAGAGCCUAGGCUUCCACUCACGACUCUGCUGCAUGUGCGCGCCGCUGCACGGCAACAGUCAGCAGAGUCAGCAGCAGGAUGAAACUCCGAGCGGAGUCCGCUUGAGGCAAUGCACGCCCAUGUUCCAAUUGCAAGCCUUUGCACGGACCAUCCGCGCACGCUUUGGUGAAGUUCUGGGAUGCGGACACGCGGCUGAUGCUGCUGAGAGGUAUACACACUCUCACACACUACUGUGACUGACCAUGAAGCGCUGCUGGCUGCUGGCAUUUGCUGCUGGAUGGCAACCCCUGGCAUCAUCAGGUAGACUCGCCACUGAGCCGUGCAUGCAUGCAGCCGGCUGUAGAAGAUCGAAGUGGCUCGAGCGUCGUCCCAAUCCGGCGCCCCAAUUCUCACGUUCGACACCCCUCGAGGCCCAAAGAGGGAACGGGGGCAGCAGCAACGCACAGGCCAGCUGUCUCGUCUCUUCUUUCGGCAACAGUCACUGUCAUGAUGCCAUCUCUUUCUCACGCAGAUGACGAAUCACAAAGGUGCGAAGGCAGGCUCGACGGCACCGUCCUUACCCGUAUAAGAAGGAGCUGCAAACAUGCCCGCACUCAUAUUCCCUCCCCCCCACCACACAACCAAGCACGUUUGAGCUUGCAGUCGCAUCCAUCCAAGUCGAUACUUCACCACUCGCAUAGCAACACUUGUCUUCAUCAU